AUGGCUAAGAAGCGUCGACGCUCGGAGAGCUUUCAAGCUGAUGGUAACGACGCACGUAAGCGGCUGGCAGCAUUCCAUGCGCGAAUGUUUGAGUUGCCACAGGAAGACGCGCCUGUUGCGACUCCAGAGACACCUCGUGUAGUGUUCAAGGCUAAGACCAAAAAGCACAAAAAGAGAUCCUCGGAUGCAGAUGACGGAGAGCGUGUGCCCAUGGUUAAGUUCAACAAGGUGAGGAACAAGAAAGAGAAGAAGAAGAACGUUGUAAACGUUGCGGAGAAGAAAGUGGCAGUGGGUCCAGCGGUCGUGAAGGUUCCUGGGAUGCCAAAUGGUUUUAGGAAAAAACCGCAGAAAAAUAAUGUGGAGGAGAAGAAGAAACAAAAAUUGAAGAAUACAGCUGUACAGACAACGCAGUAUCAAUCUUUGCUGACCGAGAAGGAACAAGAUGACGAAGAUGACGGAGUGGAUCCGUUAGAGCAGGCGCUGAGCAGCGUGAAAGCGAUGGUGACGGAAAAGAAGGCAAGGAAGGUGAAAAAAAUGGCGUUGCCAGCCCCGCAACCACAUAUGAAGAAGGAGACGGAAGAAGAGGAGGACGAAAUGGAUCCGUUGGGACAGGCGUUAGGCAGAAUUAAAGAGAUGGCGACAAAACAGGGUGCCAAACCAAUGCUCAAGCAAAACAAGGGCAUGGCGGUUGCUUCGUCGAGUGUUGAGAAGGCGGAAGAUAGCGUGGAGGUUGUUGAGGAGCAGAGUGGCACUAAAGAACUUGCUGUGAACAAUAGCACUGGUGAUGGCUCGAAUCCAGCCUUAUCAAUGAGCAAAAAGAAAAAACGUAAGAAGUUGACGCGAGCGCAGGAAGCAAAAAACAGCGAUCCGGCGCCGGAAAACAUACAGGCAACUAUGAAUGAAGCGGCGAAGGCCACAUCUGGGGUGACCGAAAAAAGUCAAGCUGUGAACAAAGUAAUGGUGACCAAGGAUUCCAAUACCGUAUUGUCCAAAGCUGCCAAGACUACUCCAGUUAAGAAGGACACAACUGCAAUCAAGACUGCUGUUUCUAACAAGAAUGUUAUUCGUGACGAGGAAAAGGAGACUGUUAUUUCCAGAGAAUCGAUGACGCCAAUUGUGGCUUCCUUAGCUAAGGAUGCAAAACAGAAGAGCGACAUGUUCUUGCCUGCUCAAGAAACACCACGUAAGCCUGCAGUGCUAUCAAAAAGCUCAGAUAAGUCUGUACCCCCGCGCACACCUGCAGUGCCAGAUAAGUCUGUACCACCUCCGGUUGCUCAGUUCACUGAUGCGUCUUCUUCAUCGGAAAGCGACGAUGAACGUGGAUUUGACUUUGAUCACUGUGAUGAUAACAACUCAUCAUUAUUUUCUCGCCUCAUCGACUCGGCUGCUCGAGAGCGUUGGGAGCUCGUGGAAGUUGGUCGGCUCGUUCGAUUGUUCGCUGCGGAGUGGGGUUUUAAAGAGAGCAAGACAGCACGCUUCCUGCUCGAUACUUGUCCCGAGCUGGUUAGUGUUGACUUUUUGGAAGGAUUGGGUGUCAACUUAUCGGCAAAGCAGCUGAUACAAGUUUUUGAGGCCGGAUCGGGCAACUCCAGUGUGUUGAUGAACAAAAUGGCGUCUGCUGUGGAGAAUGGCCACUUGAGUGUGCGUGACCCGUCCUUCGUCUCAGCACUAGAGCGUCGUGUAGCGCUGAUGGAGUCGAACGCUGAAGUUAUGGAGCUACUGCAUCCGCUCUUGGAGAGUUUGUCAACCGUUCGUGAUGUUGGUUGUUUGCUGAAGCAGCUGUGCGAGCACUGGCAGCUCGAGCGUAAGAUUGGUUUGGUUCAGCAGGUUCUGUUGUCGAGCAUAUUUGACGACCUAGAUGGCAACCAGGAUGAAAUUCUUCUUGACUUGCCUGAUCUUACUGGACGAUUGGAUUUCCCGAGUCGCUUGGACCAGGAAGACGUCGAUGAGAAUGGCAACUUGAAGGGCUUCCUUGCUAACGAGGAUAGCGAGUACAGUGGAGUGGAGGGAUCUGAAGAAGAAGACGAAGAGAAAGAUAGUGACGACGAUGAAGACCCGUACGAGGGUGAGACCGAUUCCGACGAAGAGAUGGAAAUCGCUGGGUGUUCUCGAAGCCGCAAUCAGUUUAUCGAAGACGAGGCCGAUGUCGGUGAAGAAGACGAAGAAGAAGAAGAGGAAGAUAUUGAGCGUCACGAUGGUGGUGAAUCGUCGUCUGAUAGUGACUGA